AUGAGCCUGGAGCCCCCCAAGCUGGAGGUCAAAUCGGCCACGAGGGUGAGCGGGGGUCCUGCCACCCCCCGCAAGGGACCCCCCAAGUUCAAGCAGAGGCAGACGAGGCAGUUCAAGAGCAAACCCCCCAAAAAGGGGGUGCAGGGGUUUGGUGAUGACAUCCCGGGCAUGGAGGGGUUGGGAACAGACAUCACUGUCAUCUGUCCCUGGGAAGCCUUCAGCCACCUGGAGCUGCACGAGCUGGCUCAGUACGGAAUCAUUUAGGAUUUGGGCAGGCUCACCAGCCCUGUAGUGCUGUGUAGGUCAAGGCCCCCCUACCCGUGCUGGGGAUGGGGGGGCCUCAGCUUGGA